AUGGCCGGUGGUUUUAAAAGUUUGGAUUGCGGUCGUGGUGCUGCCCUUACUGGCAGGCUUCCUCGUGAUCGUAACCAACCCUUCAUUCGGGUGAAUCGGUCUCGAGUGGACGGUACUACACAGCCUGCCCCUGACAAGUCUCAGCAGAAGUCUCCUGAGAAGGGUUUUGAAUCAGCUGCCGAUGCGAACGUCGCAGGCCAAGGGGGUGAUGCUGUUGAGAAUGUUGAGCCGAUAGCCCAACCAGACUUGAUGGUUGUGGAUCUUAUGACUCCAACCCGCCAGAAUCAGGAGCAAGAGGUUAAUGAUACUGAUGUUGCUGGUAUGGGCCAGAAGACUCCUCCUCUCAUGCCUCCUACUCUUCAUACCUCUUCUGGGUAUGUUCGCCCUAGCCAGAGUGCUGGUACCAGCUCUGGUCUGAACAUGGGUGUCUUCGUCCGUCCUGGAGAGUGGAUUGAGAAGACUCCGAUUUGCUUAACUCCCAGGAAGAUGAAGUACUUUGAGGUUCCUCCUGGUGAGCCUGACGAAUCCUGGAACCCUAAAAUCGAUCUUCUUCGCGGUGAGUCGAUACUCACCGAUGACUGCAAAGGAGGUGGUUGCAUGGGUUGGAGGGCUUUGAAGGAUCUGGCUACUCCUCGCGACAAUCCUGCUGCUGAGAUUGACGCGCCGGCUGCCCAACAUAUGAAUGACUUGCUCAAGGCCUGCAACUCUGCAGUGGAGCUUGUGAAGCUGUACCUCUGCUACCAGGAGCAGAAUGAAGACCUUCAGAAAAGGCAGGCUGAGCUGGAGAAGCAGGUGAAUGACGCCAAGCAAGAUCUGGACCAAAAAACUUCUGAGCUGAAAAGGGUGAAGCAACGCAACCAAGAGUUGGAGAAUGUUGCGAACAAACUGGAGGCAGAGGAGACCAAAAACAAAGAGCUGUCUGAGAAGUUGCUGGAGGCGGAUGAGAAGGCCAAAGCUGCUUACAAGACCGGUGCUCGGGAUGGUGCCUUGCGAUUUUCUCGGUUCCAGACCUAUAGUAAGCGUAUCACGGAUAGUCAUAACGGUGGCUGGUUUGCUGCCCACCGUUGUGGCGUUCAUGGUAUUGGCCUUACCAAGGAGGACUGUGAGGAUAUUGAGUAUGCUUUCCUGGUGGAGGAAAAGCACAGGGUACCAACCGGUUGGGAGUCACAGAUCAUUCCGGAGGAGAUCAUUCAGAAUGCUGAUCCCUUGACUCUCCCUCCCAUUGAGCUGAAGGAAGAAGACUACCUGGAUCCUGCCCUGCUGUCUUCCAGUACCAACCAGACGGAUCAUCAACAAGUUUGAAGGUGCGGGCAGUCAUCACCGGUAUCAUCCUGUGGUUCAUCUGGCGUUGCUGCUUUUAAAGAUUAGUUUAUUUUUUUAGACGCACUUUUGGUAUCAGCUGUUUGUGGCACUUUUUGCCCUGGGAUAUUUUAUGCUUGUUUUUGUAAACUUUACCUUGUGCCAUUUUUGAUCA